CUGCAGCCUCCAAAGCCCAUUUAUCUAGUGUGAAAGUGGUGAGGGAUUCAUGAUGCUCCGGACCUGUCAAGUGCUCUAUUCCCAGGCUGGCAGCCCUACUAGGGGCUGGCAGCCCCUGAGUUUUGAUGGUGGGGCCUUCCACCUCAAGGGCACAGGAGAACUGAUGCGGGCAUUGCUGGUGCUGCGACUGUGUGCCUGGCCCCCUCUGGUCACUCAUGGCCUAGCGCUCCAGGCCUGGUCUCAGCGACUCCUGGGCUCCCGGCUCUCCGGAGCUCUUCUCCGAGCUUCUAUCUAUGGGCAGUUUGUGGCAGGUGAGACAGCAGAAGAGGUGAGGGGUUGUGUGCAACAGCUGCAGACCCUAAGCCUCCGGCCCCUGCUGGCAGUGCCCACAGAGGAGGAGCCAGACUCAACUGUCAAGACUGGUGAGUCCUGGUAUGAGGGGAACCUCAGGGCUAUGCUGCGGUGUGUGGAGCUGUCACGAAGCCUCUUGAAGACCUCUGCCCCAACUGGGAACAUCCUCAUGCAGCUGAAGUUGACAGCGUUGAUCAGCACUUGGCUCUGUAAGGUGCUAACUUCAUGUAUCGGAAGGCCAGGAGCUUCCUUGGAGCUGAGCCCUGAGAGGCUGGCAGAAGCCAUGGACUCUGGGCGGGACCUCCAGGUCUCCUGCCUCAGCACUGAGCAAAACAGUCAUCUCCAGGCUUCUUUGAGCCGCUUGCAAAGGGUGGUACAGCAUGCCCAGGCCCAACACGUGAGGCUCCUAGUGGAUGCUGAGUACACCUCGCUGAACCCUGCUCUUUCUCUGCUGGUGGCCGCCCUGGCCUUGCGCUGGAACAGCUCCAGGGAUGGUGGGCCCUGGGUGUGGAACACUUACCAGGCUUAUCUGAAGGACACACACGAGCGACUGAGGCGGGAUGCUGAAGCUGCAGACAGGGCUGGCCUGGCCUUCGGAGUGAAGUUGGUACGAGGGGCGUAUUUGGACAUGGAGAGAGAGAUGGCCCGGCUCCAAGGAACCAAAGAUCCCACUCAGCCUGACUAUGAGGCUGCCAGUCAGAGUUACAGACGCUGUUUGGAGCUGAUGUUGACCCAUGUUUCCCACCGUGGUUCCAUGUGCCACCUCAUGGUGGCAUCCCACAAUGAGGAAUCUGUUCAUCAGGCAACAAAACGGGCAGGCUGGCUAUGCUGUAUACAAGUCCAUCCCCUAUGGCUCCCUGGAGGAGGUGAUCCCCUACCUGAUCCGGAGGGCCCAGGAGAACCAGAGUGUGCUGCACGGGGCCCGCAGGGAAUGGGAGCUGCUCAGUCAAGAACUUCGACGGAGGCUGCUGGGGCGGGGCCUGAGGGCACUAUGUUAGCACACCCAGUGGUUAUGUGGUCAAUAAAGGUCCUGAGCUACUGCCCAAGCUGCUACCCUGCACUGAAGCUGCCUCCUUGGAGAAGGACUAGUCUUGACCUCACCCAGCCCAGCUAGGGUGUUCUGCAGCUCGUGAGAGACCGUUAGAUAAGCCUAAAGCAUAGCAAAAAGAUUGAGCAAAAACUAAUGAAGCCUCUUCCACCCUGAAGCAGUCUACCGUGUGAUAGUUCUGGGGUCAGCUUUACUCAGCCAGUCAGUGGCUGAAGCAGGAAAUUCCUUCACUCCAGUGGAUGCCCAGAUGAAGAGCACACCUGAGGCAGUAAAGCCAAGAGUCUGGGUGAAGGCAACAUGUGCAG